CUCGGUGCCCCCUCCCUAUGCCACUCCCACGAUGCCCCUGUCCCGCUGGCUGAGAUCUGUGGGGGUCUUCUUGCUGCCAGCCCCCUGCUGGGCGCCCCGGGAGAGGUGGUUGGGUCCCCUACGGCGGCCCUUCCUGGUGCACGGGUGCCCAGUCCUGGGGGCCUGGCACAGUGCCCGCUGCUGGUGCCAAGCGUGGACAGAGGAGCCUCGAGCACUUUACUCCUCCCUCAGAAUGAAUGGAGACCAGAAAUUGGACCCUUAUGCCCAAGCAAAGCAGGAUUUCAUCCAGCAUUUCUCCCAGAUUGUCAAGGUGCUGACCGAGGAUGGCGUGGGCCACCCUGAGACGGGAGACGCCAUUGCCCGGCUUAAGGAGGUCUUGGAGUACAAUGCGGUUGGAGGCAAGUACCAGCGGGGUUUGACUGUGCUGAUAGCAUUUCAGGAGCUGGUAGAGCCGAAGAAGCAGGAUGCCGAUAGUCUCCGGCGGGCCCUGACUGUGGGCUGGUGUGUGGAACUGCUGCAAGCUUUCUUCCUGGUGUCCGACGACAUCAUGGACUCGUCCCUCACCCGACGGGGGCAGAUCUGCUGGUAUCAGAAGCCAGGCGUAGGUUUGGAUGCCGUCAACGACGCUUUGCUUCUGGAAGCCUGCGUCUACCGCCUGCUGAAGCUCUGCUGUCGGGAGCAGCCCUAUUACCUGAGCCUGAUUGAGCUUUUCCUGCAGAGUUCCUAUCAGACCGAGAUCGGACAGACCCUGGACCUCAUCACAGCCCCACAGGGCAAUGUGGAUCUUGGCAGGUUCACUGAAAAGAGGUACAAAUCUAUUGUCAAGUACAAGACCGCUUUCUACUCAUUCUAUCUUCCUGUGGCGGCUGCCAUGUACAUGGCGGGCCUCGAUGGGGAGAGAGAGCAUGCCAAUGCCAAGAAGAUCCUGCUGGAGAUGGGGGAGUUCUUUCAGAUUCAGGACGAUUACCUCGACCUCUUUGGGGACCCCAGUGUGACAGGCAAGAUUGGCACAGACAUCCAGGACAACAAGUGCAGCUGGCUGGUGGUUCAGUGUCUGCGGCGGGCCUCUCCGGAACAGCGUCAGCUCCUCCAGGAGAAUUACGGGCAGAAGGAGGCGGAGAAGGUGGCCCGGGUGAAGGCGCUGUACGAGGAGCUGAACCUGCCCGCCGUGUUCACGCAGUACGAGGAAGACAGCUAUGGCCACCUUAUGGGCCUCAUCGAGCAGUACGCCUCGCCCCUGCCCCCCGCCGUCUUCCUGGCGCUGGCACGCAAGAUCUACAAGAGGAAAAAGUGACCUAGAGACUGCGCGGGCGGGGAGGGGGACCUUUCAAUAAACUGUCGAAGCUUC